AUGGCUAAGACAAGACAGCUUUGUUUGGAAACACGUCAGUCAAUUGUAGUUUUGAGGAAAGAAGGCUACUCCGUGCAAGAAAUAGCCAGGAAACUCAAGAUCAGUAUCCAUGCGGUUCACUACAGCCUGAAACGCAAAGAGGCCACUGGGUCUAAUGGGAACAGGAGACGAAGUGGUAGGCCAAAAACAACAUCUCCUGCUGAAGAUAAAUACAUUCGGGUGAGCAGUCUGCGCAACCGUUGUCUGACUUGCCCACAAAUUACAGCUGACCUCAACAACACCCGUGGGAUGCCUGUAUGUUCUUCAACUGUUAGAAGACGUCUCUGUGGAGCAGGGCUGAUGGGCUGUGUAACUUCAAGGAAACCACUCCUCAAAGAAAAGAACCGGAAGAAAAGGCUUGCUUGGGCUAGGAAGCAUAAAGACUGGUCUUUGGAGCAGUGGCAGAAGGUUCUUGGUCUGAUGAAUCAAAGUUCGAGGUGUUUGGCAGCAAGCAACGUACCUAUGUGA